AUGGUAGGGGUGCCAGGCAGAUCUAAGGGGUGCCAUACCUGCAGGCGGCGCAAGAUUGCGGUGAGUACUGGCAACUCUAUACCUGCGGGAGCUCUUGGUCAAAAACUAAUUCAACAAACCAUUCAGUGCGGCCUCCAAAGGCCCGUAUGCAUCCAGUGCACCAAGUCCAAUCGAGUGUGCGCCGGCUAUCAGCGAGAGCGCAUUUUUGUCCUGGUAAAUCCUGGAGCCAAAGAGAGAUACACCGUACCCGAGCAAACUUCAUCCACUUCGAAAUUAGGAGGCGAUGCAGCUUUGACUGUGACUUCCACCGUCAAUCGCAGUCAUGCUACAAUCUCCCGUUGCAAUGACGGGGUUUGCAGUCCUAAUAGCGGCGGCGUAGAUACAGUCUUUAGAGCAAGCAAACGGCAGUUUGUCUUGAAUGCAUUUGGAUCGCACUGUCUCUCUGCGAUACAAAGUUGCCGAAUCCGAAGUGAUAGGCAUUGGUUGCUGCUGCUUCCUAAUCUUCCGAUGAGAAGUAAGGCCCUCGAGAUAUCGGCCUUGGCGCUCUCUACUAUAGCUCUCGGCCGCCUGUAUGGAGAUACUUCAAUGGUGAUGGAAAGCCUGAAACUGUACACCCGAAGCCUUUACGAACUUCAGAGAGCUCUGUAUAACCAGGCGCUAAUGUAUGAGGAUGAGACACUGGCAGCCUGUAUGGCCUUAAGUUUGUACGAGCUCUUAGAGUGCCCGGCAGAAGGGCGCAGCGGUUACGAAAGUCAUUGCAAGGGCCUUGUAUCACUAGUCCAGCACCGAGGAGUGCAAGCCCAUAGAUCGGGCUUGGGACACCUGCUUUUUGUCACCGUUAGGGCGCAGGCGAUUUUCUUUGCGAUGCAAGCCCACUCUCCGACUUUUCUAGCGGAACGAGAGUGGAUGGAAAUCCCGUGGCAGGAUUCAAGCAAAACACCCAUGGAUCGCAUUCUCGACUGCCUUGCACAAGCGCCCAAGAUUUUUGGUCGAAGCGAUAACCUUUCACACAUGAGGCCAGCGGAGCAAUUGUGGCUUGCAUAUGACAUUGUUACUGAGUGUUGGCAACUCGACGAGACGCUUCAAGCCCUCUACGACGAUUUUGAGUCCUCGGGCCCAGCUCCGCUCUUCUGGCCAUCGUCAUCGCGAAGAGAGCCUUCAAUCGGCGCCAGCCCUUUUGAUGACUCCUUUCCGGCUGUAAAGUUAUCAUUUGCGGACCUGAGAACAGCUGGAACGCUAAUGAUGUACUGGGCAGCACUCCUGAUGCUCUGGUCUGGGAUUUGCGACCUUUAUCAGCUAAUACGGUCGAUUGAUGCGAACUUAAUCGACGAGCAAGGCGAAGACAGUAUUGAUAGUCAUGAUAGAAUCACGCAAAAUCAGAGGCGGCUCCCAUCCUUGGGGAAAUGCUCGAAUUAUAUGCCAUUGGCCCGGAAUAUUUGUGGGUCGGUGGAGUACUGUCUACAAGAGAAGAUGCAAAUUCUGGGCCCAUGUACGCUGUCUGCGCCUCUCGGCAUUGUCCUUGGGGUUUUGCGAGACAAACCCCGAUAUCAACGCGAAGUAUCGUGGAUCAAAGGUGUCUUUGAAAAUAUCCAAUGGAAAGGCAUUCCGGCUUGCAACAAUAUUAAAUAA